UUUUAGACCAAAUGAACCUUCAAGGACAUCGAAGGACGCGGUUUCAUUCGAUAUUUUCCAUAACGGUCAACCGGUUGAAGCUGUGGUUGUCGGAACUAAACUGACACUGUCAUUUGCACCGUUGUAUGCUAUACCACCUGAAUAUAUGUCAGUGCGCGAAUGUCAAGUGGAGCCUAUUGACUCUAAAUACGAAUGGGAGCGCGAACCACUUCCCAUUAUUCACGAUGGAUGUCAAGCUGAUCUUGUCGGAUUAGUAUGCCCUCCGCAGCAUUCCGAAUUUGGCGUGAAGAUAAUUGUUGAGUCAUUUCGGUAUCAAAGUACUCCCCAUGUACAGUAUUCCUGCCUUGUUCGGAUAUGCCCAUUUUCGCCAUGUCCUCCGACAAAUUGUCCACUGGUUGAUGGAUGCCCAAUAAGCAAUCGUCUUGCUCGUAGUCUAAGUUUGGAAGAAAUCCGUCGUGCCCUUGAAGCUGAUCCUAAGCUGGCGAGUCAGAUCGGAAUUCCUCCACAUAUUCUGGCAAACCGCCCUGGACAUAGCAUCGAACAGCAACUGCUCGCACUGGGGGGCGAUCACACUGUCAAGCGUCGUCUUGUUGUAGUGAAUUCGGAAGACCAGUUGCGGUACUAUGUGCGGACAGGUGAUAUACCGUAA